GGUUAGGGCUGCCUUGCUGCGGAUUAAUCGGAGGUCGGCGCCCGGGCUGGACCGGGUGGAUAAUAAGAUGCUUGGUAACUUGUCUGAGGAGUGUUUGGAGGCCCUGCUUGAUUUCUUCAACAGGUGCUGGAGGGAAGGGAAGCUGCCUGCGGAAUGGAAGAAAGCCAAGAUGGUUCUUAUUCCGAAGCGUGGGAAGCCACCGGGGCUCCAAAACCUUAGGCCGAUCUCGCUCACUUCCUGUGUGGGGAAGGUUCUGGAGCACAUGUUACUGCGGAGGUGGCAAUCCUUUUUGGAGGACAAGGGGGUCUUCCCGAGCUCGAUGUUCGGGUUCAGGGAGGGCCUGGGGGCGCAGGACGCGAUGUUGGUGUUGUACCACGAGGUGAUUGAGCCGAGGUGGCCGGGCGCGGUUCUGGGUCUGGACUUGCGCAGCGCGUUUGAUAGAGUCCGGCAUUCUGCCAUCCUUCGCGGUGUGGCGGAUGCGGGGCUCGUCAGACGGAGCUAUAACUACGUUAAGGACUUCCUGUCGGGCCGGACGGCUCGGCUGCUGGCGGGGGACUUGGAUGUUGGUGAGGGGGAGCUGGGAAGUGUCGGCACCCCACAGGGCUCCGUCAUCUCUCCGGUCUUGUUCAAUUUAGUGAUGGUGGGGGCCGCCCGCGGUCUCUGUGAGGAGGGGAUUCCGCACUCUAUAUAUGCGGAUGAUCUUACGCUGUGGUGCACCAAUCGGAGGAAGGAGGUGGUGCAGGGUACGCUGCAGCGAGGGAUCGAGAUUAUUGAGGAGGCGCUGAUGGGUUCGGGGUUGGAGUGUGCUCCCGAAAAGUCGGAGUUGCUCGUGUGUUAUGCUGGGCGUUGUAGAUGGGAUGAGAUGCGGCUGAUCGCCGGCGGGGGACCCGUCCCGAGGGUGGACGCUUUGCGGGUUCUGGGGCUAUUUGUUCAGGAGAAGGCGGGUAAUUCGGUCAUGCUCGGGAAAAUUCAGGGUAAGGUAGCGUCUGCUCUGCGCAUGAUCCAGAGGGUGACCAGCAGGAGGAAGGGUAUCCGCGAGGCCGGUGUGAUGAGGAUGGUUCAGGCUUUUGUAUUGAGUCACAUCAUGUACGUGGCGCCCUACCUUCGCUGGAGGGCGGGGGAGAAGAACAAGCUGGAUGCCAUGGUGCGCAGGGCUUACAAAUCUGCGUUGGGGCUGUAUGCCUUCACUAGCACGAAGAAGCUGGAGAUGUUGGGUGUGCACAAUACGAUAGGGGAGAUUGUCGAGGCGCACAGGGCUUCGCAGAUUCAAAGGCUGGAGCGCGCUGCGGCUGGCAGGGAGGUUUUGAGGCGUGUCGGUCUGCUGGCGGAGGAUGCGUCUGACGGCGGGGGACUGACGGGAGAGGUGAUGAAAAAUGUCAGGGUUAGGCCUGUGCCGAGGCACAUGCAUCCUGUGCGUGAUAAGGGACGAAGGGAGGCCAGAGCGCAGGCCCUCUUCAGGUUGUACGGGCGACAAGAUAGUACUGUAUACGUUGACGCUGCCCUUCGAGGGGUAGUGGGGGUGGCUGUGGCUGUGAAGGCGGGAAGUGGGGAGGUGAUCUCCGCUGUGAGUGUUAGAACUAGUAAUAUUUGUGAGGUGGAGGAGACGGCCAUUAGUUUGGCGGCCUCCCUGCCAGGGACCAAAGUGGUCAUGAGUGACUCUAUGAGUGCGAUAAGGAACUUUGCGCGUGGACGCGUUGGGGUGGUGGCCAAGAGGCUGCUGCGUCCGACGGGCGCGGUGGACAUUGAGUGGUGCCCCGCUCACGAAGCGGGCAACGUGGAUGCUGACCGAAGGGCCCGAGAACUGCUUGGCCGGGCCUUCGGGGGCGCCGCGGAGUAUUCGCCCAGCGGCUUUGGGGAAGCGCUAAGGACCAGGAGGGAGGAACGGCGGGUGUUCCCGCUGCCCCACGGGGAUUUGGUUAGGGAGGAUGCCGUGCUGUUGCGGCAGUUGCAGGUGGAGUGCGUGUUUACUCCUGUGGUGGGGCGCUAUGUGACGCCUGAGGUGUACUCAAAUGAUAAGUGCGUGCUGUGUGGUGCGCGGGAAACUGCGGAGCACGUGUUGUGGGUCUGUGAAACUCGGCCGGCGGAGGCGGCCACGUCGAGUGGGCUUCCGCCGGACAUCAAAGCCGGGGUGAUGGCUCGUAGCCUGGACCUCCAGGUAGCGGUCGUCCAGCAGGCCCGGCGUCUACUGCGCAGGCAGGUCCGACCUCGGGCCCCCUGCGCUGGGGCGUCGGAUGGUGUGGGCCGCACCGGCUAG